AUGGAAGGAGGGGACAGUGCCGGCCGUGCUGCCCCUGCAGACAGGAGGGCCACAGCACACUUCCCAGCUCCCUCCAGGACCUUCUGGAUCAUCUUGUCCGUUGCCUUGUUGCUUUUUGCAGUUGUUGGCAUCAGUGUCGUGGGGGUUCUCAGCUUCUCCCCCAGCUCUGCCCAGGCUGGCUCCCAGCUCGUCAGAGUCACACUCCAGGACCAGCAGGACCUGCUGAGGAACCAGACAGCCGUGGUGGACAAGGCCAGGAGCACCAUCACCUACUACAUCACCUCACAGAGCAACCUGAGCGCCGUGGUGCUGUACGACAGCAGGAACGGCUACGUGUGCUACAAGCCGCUGGAGCAGCGAGCCUGCUACCUGAGGAGGAUGGACCCCUGGGACCUGCAGACCCUGCAGACACCUCUCAACUCCUCUGAGCACACACUGCUGCAGCACAACAACCAGACCAAGUUCUACCGGGAGUUCCUGGGCAUUGUGGCAGGGAAGCAGGUGGAGCCCAGGGGCCUGGGGGAGGCUGUGCAGACCCUGUGUGAGCACACAUCCAUCUUCUGGGUGCAGAGAGGGCAGGGCCCGGGGAGGCAGCGCCUCAUCUACCUGUGCAUUGACAUCUGCUUCCCCAGCAACAUCUGUGUGUCCAUCUGCUUCUAUUACCUGCCUGAGUAAGUGCUGCAGCCACGGCCGCCUCUCUGCCCUCACACUUGAACAGGAUUCCUGAAAAGCCUCUGACUUCCAAGAGGAAGGGAACACCUACAACAUGCCCAGAGCUUCCUGCUCAUUUCAUGCUGCAGGUCAGGAGAGUUUAGAAAAAAAGGAUGAGGAGAGUUUAGAGAAACAGGAGGCCUCUGCUCAGCACUGUCAGCACAGACACUGCAGCUCUGCUCCAGGGCUGCACCGUGUCCGUAGGAAUUAGGAGACCCAGGCCUAGAGGAAUCCCAGGAAGCAGCUGGAGUUUUGGGGCUCCAGGCUCUGUCCAACACAAGGUGGUUCUUGUUACACCCGGGGGGUGGUUGGCUUUAGGAGAGCAGCUCUCCAAGUCACUCUGUGAAACACUUUGAAUAAAGGGAUUGCAAACC